UGUUUGACAGCCGAAGACUUCGCCGAGAAGUUUGCGCCACACCCUGGCCGCAUGGAGCUCAUCGUCAAGGAAGCGCGGAAAGUGUGGAUCCCGAACCACCCCACGCAUGGCUACAGGCCCGGCCGCGUGAAUGACAACGAGGACAACGGCGAUACCCUCUGCGUGGUGGAUGAUGAGGGAACCACAUUUCAGGUGCCCAAAACGGAAGCCUUGGCGGUGGACCCGGCGUGCCUCACCGGGGUGGAUGACCUGCUGACUUUGGGGGACUUCAAUGAGCCUGCCUUGUUGCACAACAUCCGCGUGCGCUAUGAGGAGGACGACAAGAUCUACACAGGCAUUGGCAUGCCAAUCCUGAUCUCGGUGACGAACCCUUACCAGAACAUCCCGGGCCUCUACAGCCCGGAGACCAUGCGCCAGUACAAGCGCUUUGCCAGCAAGGCUGCAAGCCAGACUGGCGGGGGACUGCCCAUCCACCUCUACUCGGUGGCGGACGCAGCCUUCAGAGACGCCAUGCUGUCAGAGAAGGCCAACCAGUCCAUCAUCAUCUCAGGCGAGAGCGGGGCCGGGAAGACGGAGGCGACCAAGCGGAUGUUGGCGUACCUGGCGGAGCUUCAGAGCUCCAAGCAUGAGUCAGGAGGCCGGCGCUCGGUGGAGUCGCAAGUGCUGGAUGCCAACCCUGUGCUCGAGGCCUUUGGCAACGCCAAGACGGUCCGGAACGACAACUCCUCGCGCUUCGGCAAGUUCAUCGAGGUGGAGUUCGACACUUCGGGGAAGCUGCUCAGCGCCCAGACCCUCGGACGCCCAAGCCGGGAGGCUACGGGAGAAGGGAUGGGUCUU